GAUUUUGUGAUAAAACUUUGUAGAAAGUGCAGAAGACAUCUUCGUGUUCUGAUCAGAAGCCAGAAGUAACAGCAGCUCAGUUGAGGUCUCAUUGACUACGAUGCUAAAUUGUUUUUUUUCGUCCGUGAUUCUAAGCACUGCGGUGUUGAGUUUUUCGCAGCCAGGAUAUGGAGCCGGAUUUUGCGACAAUAAAGUGAAUGGAAACUACCGAGAUCCUGAUAAUUGUUACGGAUAUAUAGCUUGCUCUAAUCAGAUCUCGUACAAAAUGAGCUGCAGCGCCGGCCUAAAAUAUAACGAGACAUUAGACCAGUGCGAUUGGCCACAAAAUGUGCAAUGCAGUCCAGUCGACGGUGGCUGGUCUGACUGGAGUACCUGGGGUCCCUGUAAUGUUACCUGUGGCGGUGGAAAACAAGCGCGAAACCGUAGCUGCACCAAUCCCCCUCCAUCUAAUGGUGGCAAGAAAUGUACUGGACUCGACACAGAAACCCGUCAAUGCGGAAAUGUGAUUUGUCCGUUUGACUGCACAGGAAAACUAAAUGGAAAUUACAAAGAUCCCAAUAACUGCUUUGGGUACAUUGCCUGCUCCAAUGACGUAGCGUACCAGAUGCCGUGCCCGCAAGAUCUCAAGUAGAACGAGGCAAAGGAUAUAUGCGAUUGGCCAGAAAAUGUUACCUGUUAAACGGGAUUUACUUUUCAGUAAACGAUAAAAGCCGGAUUUUAAUCCGGAGUGAAACUGCGAAAUAAUGUUGCAACGGAUGAUCAAAACAACUACAUGAUAUUUUGUGGGCAGCGUGUUGAGUUUCUUCCAUUUAAACUGCAAUA